GCUGCUUCUCUGAUUCCGCUCUGAAUCAACAUUGAUUGAAACUUGACGCCGAUCCGUGUGAAGGUAAUUCAUCUUCGCAUCGUUACCUUUUCUCAUCUGGAAAAGAUCUUCGAUUCACACUGUACACAAUGCACCGUCGAUCUUGAUCGUUAAAGCUCAAAGUUUGUUCCUUUUUUAACCAUCUAUUCCCCUAAUUGAGACUUCAAGGAAUUAAAAAUGUCAAGUAAGGUAUGGAGAUGGGUCUUAGGCCUUACAUACAUACUCGCCGUUGCCAUGAUUUGGAUUGCUGCAAGCUUCGUAGUCCAAUCUGUUGUUGACGCCGGCGUCUCUCCCUUCUUGAUCACUUUCAUUUGCAACUCGUUGUUCGUUGUGUACCUUCCUCUCUUCGAGAUCGGUCGGUACUUGGAAGAUGCGUAUGGGAGUGUACUGUUUUGGAGAAGCAAAAGGUCUCAUUUGCUGGAGUUGGUUGAGUCUGAGAAGGAUGUUUUGCUUGGACAAGGUGGUGUGGGUGGAGAUGUGUCUGAAGGAUCAGGUGUUGUUGUUAGAGAGGAGGAUGGGAUUGGGAUUGGGAUUGGGAUUGAAUCUGGUGUGGAAAGUGUAGAGCUUGAGGUUGUUGAUGAUGUUAAUGGUGAGAUUUGUAGUAAAGGGUUAGAUGAGAAGGGACGUUGGACACGUAUGCGUGUUGCUAAAGUUAGUCUUUUGAUUUGUCCGUUUUGGUUCUUGGCACAGCUUACUUUUAAUCUCUCUCUCAAGUACACAACUGUUACGUCAAAUACAAUCUUAAGCAGCUCAUCAAGCCUAUUCACUUUUCUGGUAUCAUUAAUAUUCUUGGGGGAGAAGUUCACGUGGUUGAAGCUAUUCAGCGUUCUUCUUUGUAUGUCUGGGACUAUAAUCGUGAGUUUGGGUGACUCGGAGUCUAACUCAAAUGCGACAGCUAAAAACCCUCUUCUUGGAGAUGUUCUUUCUCUGCUCUCAGCGGCGUUUUACGCUGUUUACAUCACUCUUAUACGCAAAAAGCUUCCUGAUGAUGAUGAAAGAAACGGCCGUUUCAGUAUGGCUCAGCUUCUUGGGUUUCUAGGUCUCUUCAACUUCUUUAUUUUCCUACCUGCUGCUCUUAUACUCAACUUUACAAAGCGAGAACGGUUCAACGCACUAACCUUGAAACAGUUGGGUCUUGUUGUUGGGAAAGGUUUGUUAGAUAAUGUCCUGAGUGACUAUCUAUGGGCAAAGGCAGUGCUUUUGACAACAACUACAGUGGCAACGGCUGGGCUGACCAUUCAGGUUCCAUUGGCAGCUAUUGUAGACAGCUUAUCAGGGAACAAACCAAGCUUCACAGACUACAUUGGUGCUGCAGCUGUAAUGGUUGGCUUUGCAGGCAUCAAUAUUCCUGCGGAGAUGUUUUGUAGAUCCAAAGAGACAUCUAUUGAGUUAGAACCUGGGACUUCGUUCACAGGUCCUCCUCAGGUUGUGUCGAAUAGCACACAAGUAGAUUCUUCAGAGACCCUAGUGUCCUAAUUGUUGCAUAUUCAAAAGCCACCAUGAUGCUUAUAUCUUUUUUGCUGUAAAUCGUUGAACAUUGAUAUACGAACGUAGCUGGGAAAAUAGUAGUUAAACCGUUCAAGAUUAUGGACUCGGUUUCAAUACAAUAGCAAAAUAAAAUGGUUUCAUCUGUUUAAUUAGACUAAAGUAUAUACAUUGAGAUGUCCAUACUUUUGCAUCACCCUUUGUGGCCAUAGCGGCUGCUUCACUUGCUCUUAGUGAGCCAUGUGCCAUGAUAGCUGCAAAUUCACGGGAAUCUCUUCCUGAAUCUUGAUCCUAGCAUUACCCAGUAGGGGUCCUCUUUCACUUUCUCUUUUACUAGAAGAAGCUUGAGCAACCAUGAACAUUGUGUCACUCCUAUCAUAUAAAACACCAUUUUAUUUUGCUAAUUGAUUCAAAUCCUUUGUAUGAUUAUAUUUAAUAUGUAGUCGCCUUGAUGGAAUGAAGAUAUAAUCACAAAAUAUACUAUAAACAUAAGCCAUCUUCUUGUUGAUUAAGACAGAUUGUUAACAGACGCACACUAAAAAGUGGAAAGUAAGAAAGAAAAAGCGGCAACAGAAGAAAAACAAAACCGUCUGAUCUUUAGGACAACCAUGCUGGUUAAGCAAAUAAACGCCUGCACUUGAGAGAAGUUCUAUAUAAAACAAAUGAAGAAAAAUGAAAGUGUAGUGCUAGUAAGAUGCGCUGGACAUGUGAACUUGGGGGCAACGCUAUUGAUAUUAGACAUGGAACUGAAGGUUUCUUACCAUUGUGAGCUUUCACCCAUUCUGUUGGACUUGCCGGUGAAUUUGAAGAAUCCAAUCAACAUAACUAGUCGAACCGCCCAUCUGGUCCUCAAUAAGAUGUCGGAGGAGAAGGAAGCCUUCUCGGGGUUGUUCUCCUUGCCUCACUAGGAAACACAUGGGAUGGUAUGACGGAUCAUU